UUUUUUUUCUGAGUUGUUGAAAAAAAAAAAAAAAAAACCUCUCUUCUUUUCUUAUUUCAAUUUCCCAAUCUAUUCCCCUUGUUGUAUCCAACAAACAACCUCCUUUUUUCUAUUCGAGUAAAAGAUGACAUCAGCCACUUCUGAAAAGGAUAAAGUGAAAUUAUCUCAAGUGGAUUCAAGCAAUCCUAGUGAGACACCUGUGGUUGUAGGCCAUUUUUCUAUGGUUCGCAACUUUUAUCUGGCGGAUAUCAUUACAUUGAUGAACGGUGUUUGUGGCAUCCAAUCUGUCCUGUUCUCCAUGCGUUACUUGACAACCCAUAACGAAAGGGAUUUAUGGACGUCCAUGUACUUUAUGCCUUUUGGUAUGUUUUUUGAUUUCAUGGAUGGUCGAGUCGCUCGUUGGAGAAACAAUUCCUCUCUACUUGGUCAAGAAUUGGACAGUUUGGCAGAUCUCAUUUCGUUUGGUGUAGCUCCAGCUGCUUUAGCUUAUGCAGUGGGUAUGCGUACCGUGUUGGAUACAUUUGCAUUGACUUAUUUCGUCUGUUGUGGUAUCGCUCGUUUGGCACGGUACAAUGCCACGGUCGCUCUCGCUCCCAAAGAUGCCACUGGCAAAGUCCAUUAUUUUGAAGGCACACCUAUACCCACUUCGUUAGCCUUGGUCGGUAUCAUUGCUUACUACGUAUGCCACGGUCAAAUUCUAGACGCUUUGCCAGGACAGUUGAUCAAAAUCACCACGGAUUGGGACCUGCAUCCUUUUGUCUUGUUGUACGUCUUGAGCGGUACUUUGAUGAUUUCCAAGACAUUACAUAUUCCAAAGCCUUGAAAAAAAACAAAAAAACAAAAACGGAUUCUCCCAAAACUAUUUAUUUUCGCUUACUUGAUAUAAAAAAGUGUCCCAUGGCCAUCCACACAAGUGUCUUUAGGGUGCAGAAAGAGAUGUGGGGUAAAAAAAAAAAAAAAAGAGGGCCAAUAAAGCUUCUUUCAUAGAUUAGGAUUGUCUUCUAAAUGGAACAUGUUUUUCCCUUUUUUUUUUAAUUUUAAUUUUGUGAAAAAAGGUGUGAAUAAAAUUGCGAGUGAAUGAAC